AUGUGUUUCAUUGGAAUGCUACAAGGGGAUGGGAGUAGAGGAUCAUGGGAUGCUGUUAUGAGUGAAGUAUCAGUCAGCAGGGGAGCUGAAUGUGGAGACCUCAAUCGAUGCUCAGACUGUUACAAACUUUACUCAAGCAAGGGUGCUCUUCGACGACACAGACGCUAUGAAUGUGGAGUGGAACCUCGUUUCAAGUACUUCAUCCGAAUGCUACAAGCUGGAGCAAACAGAGUAUCUUUGGAUACCUUACUAGAAUUCAUCUUUAUGCUGCAAGAUGAACAAAGAAGCACAUGGAAUACUGUACUGACAGGUGCCACACAUGGUAAAAGUCCAUAUCAGUGUUCAGUCUGUCAUAAGAAGUACUCAAGCAAAGGCGCUCUCCAACGGCAUGUACGUUAUGAGUGUGGAGUUGAACCUCAGUUCAGGUGUCACCUGUGUAAUACAAUCAGAGGUGUAACUGAGGCAAAGACACGACUUCUACCAGGAAUACCAGCUACGUCUGCUGCUGUUAAGAACAUGAUAUCAAAGAGACAGCGUUCAAACGAUAUUACUGAACUGCUCUCUGGAGGAACAGGAAAUGGGCCUCCAUUUCCGUGUCAUCAGUGUGAACGCAUGUACUCCCAUAAGUGCAACCUCAUGCGUCAUUUGCGUCUUGAGUGUGGUGUUGGUCCACGAUUUGCCUGUGGUCUGUGUGAGAAGAAAUUUAAACAUCGACAUCACCUACGUGACCAUGAGCGCACACACGUGCACCUCCAGUUGCCACAACAUUCCUUAUAG